AUGCUUGCCCCUGUCAUCGCCUUCGGACUGGCUUCCGUUGCUGCUCUCCCGCUCUCCGCCAACCACACCCUGCACGCCCGCGCCGCCAACAAACUCUUCCCGGUGUCCGACACCACCUCGUGGUCGGUUUCCAGCGCCGUUACAGAUGCGCUUGCGUUUAACGACGACACCUUCCGCCCGGAACAUGAGAUCAAGGACCUGACGCACCCCUACGUCGCGGCGCCGGACGGUGUGCAGUCUAUGCAGGUGCACUACCCCAAGGGCUCGUUCAAGCUCUCUGCGGCACCACCCACUCCGCGCGGCGGCCUUUCCUUCUAUGCCCCAGGUCCCGCUUCUGUGGACCUGACGACGGCACAGGAGGCGACGCUUUCCUACUCAGUGUUUUUCCCGGACGGUUUCGACUUUGUGAAGGGCGGCAAACUUCCCGGCCUUUACGGAGGAAACAGCGAUGACGUUGCGACCUCCUGCUCGGGAGGCCGGCGCGACGACGACUGCUUCUCUGUGCGCUUCAUGUGGCGCACGGACGGCCAGGGCGAACUGUACACGUACCUCCCGCCGUCCUUCGAGGCGAACAAGGCGGUGUGCAACGUCGCGCCAUUCUCGACGUGUAACGACGUUUUCGGCGCGUCGGUCGGCCGCGGCUCGUUCAACUUCGCGCCGGGUACACGCACGACUAUCGGGCAGCGCGUGAAGCUCAACGACGUCGGUACCGCGAACGGCGAGAUCGAGCUGUUCGUGGAGGGCAAGAGCAUCUUCACCGUCACCGGCCUGGAGCUGGUGAACGCGGCGGAGGGGCGCAUCCGGGGUUUGCAGAUGCAGUCGUUCUUCGGAGGCUCGGGCAGCUCUUGGGCCACCCCGAAGGACCAGGAUAUAUUCCUCGGCGAUUUCUCUGUUGCUAUCACCAAGAAGUUCUGA